AUGUCAGCACCCGACGCCCACGGCGACAUCGACCGCGCCAUCCGCCAGCUCCUCGACCAGCAGGCCGACAUCCAGUCGCGCCUCGCCGCCCUCGCAGCCGCCAAGCAUGGCUUCGAUCUGCCCCGGGAGCUGGACAUGCUCCGCCACAAGCACCGUGUGCUCCAAGCCGUCGUCGACCACCAUGGCCUGCCGCCACGACUGCCUGUCUUAUCACAGAUGGAAGAGGCCAGAGCGCUGCAGUAUCACUGCGAGUGUCUCGAGGCAACCUGCCUGCAGCACCAAGUCGAUGCGGCCAAACAGUUGAGGCAGUCAUACGCCGACGCCCCCGCAGGCUUUGUCGAAUGGCUCGAUCGGCACAUGGACCUCCAUGACCGCUCGCUGAGGACCAUCAGCCAACUCCAAGGCGGUUAUUAUCCCCAAACCUCCACGCUCGCAUCCCCCUUCAAGUGUCCAGAUGCGCACUGCAUCCACUACGUCUACGGCUUCCCAAGCCAGCCCGAACGGGACGCUCACGCCCAGCAAGCGCACAAGCCCCACCUGAAGCGAGACUCUGGCUUCUCCAUGGGCAACUCCCCGCCACUGCCGCUGUCCGAGCAUCCGGCCUUGCGCAUCGAAACGUUUCAGGCAUCCGCGAGCCAGCUCGCAUACUCACAUCCGGGACGACAGGGCUCGUCGUCGUUCAGCCUGCCUCCUCUCAGUCUGCCUCCCCAGUCAAGAGAGGACAGGGGCUUGUCGCUGGCUGCAAACGCCUAUGACGAUGGCCGCCGCGGCACGAGAAGGAGUUCGGGGGCCUCGGAAGGGGAGUCUCUGCUUCCUCCGCUCAAGAAAGCGAAGCUGAGCCAACCGCGCCUGGAGUCCAUUGGCGAGCUACAGCUCUUGCGAGACAAAGGCCCAUGCCUGCGCUGUGCAGUGACACGUAAGGAGUGUGACGAUGGCCAGCCCUGCUCAAACUGCGCCAACGGCCCUCCUUAUCAGCGGGACGCUUUCUGGGCAGAUGUGGGCUGUUUCCGCGAAUCUGUUGUGUCUUUUGCCGACACGUUUCUUCCAGCGCCGCUCUCGCCGCGACAGACCCGCACGCCUAUCACAUCGCCUCUUGCACAGCGGCGGAGCGUCAACGAGUACCUCAAGAACAAUUACUCGUUUGAGCCAGCCGUAGCAGAUGUAGUCACGAACAACUUGGACUUUGAGGACGGGUUCUGGUGGUCAGCUCAGGUUGAUGCGGCGUAUGCAGCAGACGACAGCACGUCGGGCUACAACAGAGACGCCAGCAGCUACGCUCCUCCGAUACUGUCGACCCUCGUCAACAGGUGGUUGAUAAUACAGACAUCGCACGACUUGCCUCGGUUGCUGAAAGCCAGCGGCGGGCUGUCUGUGUCCCGGGAUGAAGAGGAACGGACUUUCCCGGCGCUGUACAACGCCAAGCUGCUUCUACGUGAGGCGGUUGUCUACGGGGUGCUGCAGCCGCAUUCGCCACUUCGCUUCAACUUUCAUGAUCCCCGCCAGUCGCCGCCCGAGAAUGCCGAUCUGGAUGAGCACGCGAGGCUUCUGCAAGAAUGUCUCGUGCGCUUCCUCAAGUCGGUAGAGUCGCUUGUCUCUCACAGCUUUGCAGCAGACCCAAGCACGACAAUGGCAAACUUCAUGGCCAUGUGCAUAUUCAGCGCCGUCCGCACUCUGUUUCUCGACUUCUCCAGAUCGCCGGCAAACCCCCAGCAUCCUCAUUCUGCCGGACCCGAGUCAGACGAGGCGGUACACGCUAGGUACAAGGCCCUCGUUGCACUGUAUGCGUCUCGAUGUCCGAUGCUAGAAGACAUCUCACACAACGGCUUAACGGAACAUGAGGGGUCGCUCCUCCGGGAGGUCAGUGAAGUGCUCCACAGGGCGUCCUGGGAUGAGGACCGAAUCGCCUCCAGCGCCGACUUCCUGAUGAAGCUUGGAGACGGUGCUGUUAGAACCCGGUCAGGGCCGCUCGGCUUUCUCCAACGACGUUGGCCAGAUGGCCUGCCCUGGGAAUCGUGGCCAGCCCCCGUUCUACAGACAGUUCAGGGGCCGCGACGGUCAGCUCCAGCAGUUCCCAACUUGGCCACUCUCCAGCCCUGGGGACACGUCACGCAGGACGAUAGUGCUGUCAUGCGGCCCAACGAUUCGGACCUUCGGCCGACGUCCGAGACUGACCGUGAGCGCAUGAGGAGACACACGGUCGGCGAGUCGCCGGUGUAUCCCCGCUCGGCGGAGCCGUAUUUGCACUCUCCCGGCUCGCCAUCGAGAUUCAGGGUCCCCCCGUACCCGCGGACGCAGCUUCGUCGAGUCUAUUGCGACAAGUGCAACGAGUACCCCGAGGGCUUCCGCGGCGAGCACGAGCUGCGACGCCACACCGAGGCGAAGCACUCAGCCAUGGUGAGGCGCUGGUUGUGCUGCGAGCCUGAGAGUCCGAGAGACCAGUCUCUCCAGCCUGUCGUGCCGCUGUCAGCCUGCAAGGCUUGCAUGGGGCUGAAGCAAUACGGCGCGUACUACAACGCCGCCGCCCAUCUUCGACGCGCUCAUUUCCACCCGCAUCGCGGCGGCAAGGCAAGCGGCGACUGGCCACCGAUGUCAGUCCUCAAGGACUGGAUGAAAGAAGUGCGGCAGCCUAUGGACGGAGGCAACGACCUCGACAGCGGGGGUGAAGAUGAAGACAUCGACCCCAUAGCUGACCCCUCGCCGUCUUCCGCCCGGCCCGGCCCGGAUCCGUCGAUGCAACGCUCAUUUUUCGUCUCCUCACUCAGAGAUCCAUGGCAUCGAGACGGCGGCAGCAGCAGCGGCGCCGUCAGCGCCGUCGCGACCUUGCCCGAGAACCGCAGUCAAUGCCCCAACCCGGACUGCGGCCGCAUCGUCAAGGAUCUGGCCGCGCACAUGCUCACGCAUCAAGAGGAACGGCCGGAAAAGUGUCCCAUCGCGUCGUGCGAGUAUCACACCAAGGGCUUCGCCAGAAAGUAUGACAAGAACCGUCAUGCCCUGACACACUACCGCGGCACCAUGGUGUGCCCGUUCUGCCCAGGGAUGGGAUCACCGUACGAGAAGACGUUCCUCCGCGCCGACGUGUUCAAGCGGCACCUGGCCAACGCGCACAACGUCGAGCAGACACCGCCUAAUAGCCGUGGCGGGGGAAGGCUUCUCAACGCAAUGCAUGAUCUGAGCGGCCAAGAGCACGGCGCGGCUGGGGCCGCCGCAGGGGCCGGAGCGAGGUGCUCCAUCUGCGGGGGGCACUUCGCCGGAGCUCAGGACUUUUACGAGCAUCUCGAUGAGUGCGUGCUCAGCGUCAUCGUGCCGGCUGGGUAUUCGUCCGCGUCGGGCGGGACCAGCGCCGCUCCUCACUCUGCUGGACCCGCGGCAGCGUCAGCCUCAGCGACAGAUCAUGACGCGCGGGGGGUUGACGAAGACAAGAAGCCCAUGCCACAGCAGCAACAGCCACCGCCACAGCAGCAGCAGCAGCAGCAGCAGCAGCAGCAGUCCCCUCCGCCUUCGGCGGGACCUGGGUCGGCCGGCCCCCGGUGGUGA